UGGAAUUUCGGAUUAAGGGUUGUCAACCUGUAUAACCAUUUGGAUAUUUAAUAUAGUUUCAUCAUGUUAUAAAUUAUAUCGAGAUAAUUUCCUACCUAAUGUUAAAAAAAAUGCUUUGGAUAGAUCUAAAUUAAUAUACAGUACAAUACAGUACAAGGUUUAAUAUUUGUCCUUUUAAUUCCCUCAUUUGAAGGGUGACAAUGAAUGAGUCCCUACGCAGCAAGGUUGUACAGGAGAUAGUCUUAACUGAAGAAACUUAUCUCAAACAGCUUCACACCCUUGACACUUACUUCGCAAGGCCAUGUUUAGAGAAAUGUCUCCUGCCUGGAGAUAUCCAUGCAGCCAUAUUUGGUGAGCUUGCUGCCCUGCGACAUAUGAAUGAAGAACUGUAUAAGGCCUUGGCGUCUGAAAAUGAAAAUGUAGGUGCUGCCUUCCUGCAUUUGGCUCCAUUUCUAAAGGUGUACUCUUCUUAUGCCAAAAACUAUCAGCAAGCUAUAAACCUUUUAUUGGAGUGGGAGAGACGAAGCGACAAGUUAAGGUCAUGGCUUACGGGAACAGAAUCCCGACCUGAGGUUCAAGCCAAACUGCCCUCAUUACUCAUCACUCCCGUGCAGCGCAUCCCACGGUACCGCCUACUGCUGGGGGAGCUGCUCAGACACACCCCUGAUGAUCACCCACACCAUAGUAGUAUUGAAAAGGCAGUAGGAGAGGUGGGUGAGGUGGCAGAACAUAUCAACCGCAGCAUUAGUAAAGCGGAGAAUCUCCAACGAAUGUUGAUGAUCCAGCGUGCCUUUAAGCGUACCCUACCUAGCAUCAUUGCCCCAGGACGUCACCUCCUUAAAGAAGGUGUCCUCCACAAGGUGUCUCGCAAUGGUAACAACUCGCAGCCGCGACUGUUUUUCCUUUUCACAGACAUACUGUUGUACACCACGCUACCUACAGCAAGUCUUGCCAGUAUAUCCUCCACCAGUUCUGGUGACGUUUUGGACGUGGACUACAAGCCCCGUUCGUUGGAGUGUUGUUGCCUGCUGCCUCUCCGACACUGUUCCAUUAUUUCUGUUUUGGGCAGUGGUCAGCAGGGCCUUUUUAGGGUCAAAUGUGAAUCAGAAGACAUGUUGUUGUACAGUCGUGACAAGACAGCGGGAGGUGAGUGGGUUUCUAUGCUGACAGAAGCUGUAACACAAGCAGUUAAUAAAAGAAAAACUCUUCGCAAGGACUCCAGCUCCAGGAAGCCACUGCGGAGGCCGGCCCUACGCAAGUUAACUAUUAAGGGAGACCCAGACCAUCUAAUUGCUCUUAAGGUUACAAAACCUCAAGAUGAGAAUUCAGGAGGUGUCGUAGAAGCAUCAAGGUUGCCGGUGCCAGAAUCCCCAAAGAUAGUUAAAGGAAAGGCGGCCUUCAAAAAGACAGAGAGGUCUCCCACUUCUCUUAUGGCACAGCUGCUUCAGGUGCAGGAGUGUCUCACCCCUCCAAAGUCUUGGCUGUCACCCGGUAAAAAACACAAGGCGGCAGAUAGAAACAACGAACAGGAAAUGGAUGGAAAGUUCAAGAGACCUCGAUCGGUUUUUGACUCGCCAGAGACAACCAAAGAUAAAGUCAACAAGUCAAGAAGACCGUUGUCAUUUAUGCAAAAUUUCUCAGGUGAAAAAAAAACGGAAGAAAAUGCAGCGGGAGUCACAAGAGGUCAACCAUUUAGUUAUUCACCCAGGUACACACCUCCGUAUAAACCUUCCCCUCUUGCCAGAUGAUGCCACACAUUCCCUCCCCCACCCAGUGCAAGUCAAUAUUCACUUUGUUUAAGGUAGACAGACCAGGUAGCUACAACUCCAGAGAAUAAAUAUUUUAAACAAAUGAUAUAUUAUUAAAUAGACACGUUUGAUAUUUUUACUUAACUUUGUCCUUCUUCCUAACCUUUGGUCUUCCCUUAUUUACCACACAUGAGAUUAUAAAUCAUAUAUCUAGAAAUGUCUGGAUAAUUUCUUGCCAGAGACAGCAAGCAUAAUGACCUGUUAACUGUAAAUAAAUGUGUAUAUUGUACUGUAUACUGGUGAGGAAUGUAUAUGGAGAUUUCUUUGGUGAUAAAUAACAACUAGUAUUGCACUGUAGUUUAUUCUUAGAAGUAACUACUGUAGUACUGUACUGUAGUGUAUUGGGUUUUGACUUCAUUGACUUAGAAAGGUUUAGUAAUGUAAUAUUUUUUUUUUACGUAUUCACUUUUAAUUUGAAUUGACAGGAACUUGGGUAUUUACCACUACUGUAGUUGUGGCAUCAUCACAGUCUAGUAGUAUACUGUACAGUACAUUACUUACCGUAAGUACAGUAUGAAUUAAUUGAUAAACAUUAAAAGAUAUCUGCCAUACACUGUACUGCUCAGUUUUCAGAGUGGCUCAUGUUUGUUUAGUUUUUAUGGUUAUGAGAUAAGAUGAAAUGAAUGGAAUUAGAUAAAUUUUGUAACUCUGUAACUUUAAUUAUAUCCCAAACUAAUCUGUAGAACUAUGAAGUGUAUCAGGGGUUGGUGUAACUUUUGAGGCUGAGCUGCUCUAUAACAACAUUACAUUACUGUAUCUAAGAAAAUUCUGUGUGAUCAUAUUUUGUUAGGUGUAGAAAUACCGUGAACAGUGCAGACGGGAUUCUUUUUCUGUAUCUAAUACUAAGUAUAUAUAAUAUAGAAUUAUGAGAUGAAAAUCAUAUAUUUUAGUUAUUCGCACAUGUAGAUAAUUCUCUUGCUGACUGGUGAAUAUUCUUGUUGUUUCAUUACACUAGUCUGGCUAUUAACCAUUUCAUUUUCUCUGACAAAGAUGAUCUUAGUCUUUGAUCCUAAAGACGAAGCCACAACCUCACAAGUGUUUGGCUCUGUUUCUCACUGUUUACUGUACAGUAGUCACUGAAAUAGCUACUCACUCAGUCACUUAGUACAGAAAGUUACCCAGACUUUAGUUUUUAAACAUAGAAUAUAUUAUAUUCAUCUCUAUUUGUAACACAUGUCAUUUUCUGUGUUUUAAAGUUAUACGACAUAAGAGGUUUACCCAAAGACAUUUAAUAGGCUAUGUUAGUACUUAAAUACAGUACUGUAUAUAGUACUCUAUAUCCCAUAUUUUGUAGAUUUAGUGUGUGUGUUUGCAUGCUUGUGUGUGUACUCUUCACUGAUGCAUCAAGAGUGGAGGAAGAUGAACAAUAACUGAAGGAGAUAUUUUAUUAAAAUAAAGAUAGUUCUGUACAUAUACGAUUAGGUGAAGGUAGACAAUAUUGUGAUGCAACUGCUGGAUUAUUUUUGUGUGAUUUGGUUGUUUUGGGGUACAGUACAGUAUUUUUUAAUGAAACUUAUUAGUAAAUUAAUUUUAAUAAUCUUCAUGCUCAUUGUAUUUUUGCAUCACAAGUCAUUAAAUUUUAUUGUAAUGCAUUAUACAGACAGUCUUUGAUCACCAUGCUUAGUGUCCAGAAAUAUAAAUAAAUACAGCUAC